AUGAGGCUACUAUUUUUGGUGGCCUUUGUGGUCAUCGGCGCUAAUGCGGCCUCGUUGUUUGAUUACACGCUUGUACAAGAGUGGAAAACCUUCAAGUUGAAGCAUCACAAGAAUUAUGGAAGCCUUUACGAAGAAACAUUGCGGAUGCGGAUCUACGCACAGAAUAGAAUUGUUAUCGCUCGUCACAACCAACGAUUCCAACAGGGUCUGGAGUCGUUCGAGAUGGAUGUGAACCAGUUCUCCGAUCUAUUGGCUGAAGAAUUUCGUCGAACGAUGUUAGGCGUUAGGCCAAUGGGCCAAAUAGCGCAAGGAGGCUAUGAAAAGCUUUUCCAAUGGAUUCCCCCGCAGGACGAUGUGAAAUUAGCGUCGAAUUUCGACUGGCGAAAUCGCGGCGCUGUGACACGCGUGAAGAACCAAGGACAAUGCGGAUCGUGCUGGGCUUUUUCUGCGACCGGGGCGCUAGAAAGUCAGUGGUUUCUUCGGCGUGGCAAGUUGGUGGGACUUUCCGAGCAGAAUCUAAUGGAUUGCUCAAAGAAGGACUUUGGAUGUGGUGGAGGUGUACCGUCGCGUGCCUACGAAUACAUAAAGGCUGCUGGUGGCAUCAAUCUGGAAAGAGACUAUCCUUAUCAAGAGAAGCAAAACAAACAGUGCAAAUUUAACCGUUCAGCAGUGGCUGCUACCGUUAAGGGAGUAUAUUACGUACCGCGUACUGAGAAGGCGUUGACGCAAGCUGUGGCAAUCAAAGGUCCUAUGUCGGUUGUAAUACGAUAUAAAGACUCAUUCCAACACUAUAGACGAGGAGUGUAUUAUGAGGCGAAAUGUACGUGGGGGGAGGCGCUUGCUCCUUAUCAUGCAAUGUUAGUAGUAGGCUACGGUAAAACUAGCGAUGGCGUGGCAUACUGGCUGGUAAAAAACUCCUGGGGCAAAUAUUGGGGUGAUAGUGGUUACAUCAAAAUGGCUCGAAAUCGUAAUAACAUGUGCGGAAUUGCUAACAUGGUAGUUUUUCCAAUCAUUUAA